AUGGCCAACGCAUCGAGCAAGCGUAUCGCUGCGGCGAACGAGACCGCCCUGCGGAACCUCGUGCGCAACAUGGUCAUCAUUAAUGUCCUCGCCUUGGCUGUCCGAUGGAUGAAGGCCCGUCGCCACGUCCGUCCCCUGUGGCCCUCUGGUUUCCCGCUCUUCCUCAACGUUAUUGGGUUCAUCGCCGUCCUGUUCAUCUGGCGUUGGUUUGCGGCGAUCGGUACCCCCAGGCGUGACGCUAGCGGCAUCAAGGUCGGCGACGACCUGGGUGGAAAGGGUAUCGUGGAGCUGGCUUGGGAUGUCAUCUACAUGACCUGGAUCUGUACCCUCGGCUCAGCCCUUCUGGGCAACUGGGUGUGGUGGCUGUACCUUGCCAUCCCCGGCUUUGGCGCGUACAAGGUCUUUGGCAUUGCCCAGCCCUUCCUGGCCAUGUUCAUGCCGGGAAUCUUUGGACCCAAGGCGCCCAAGGGUGCCGCUGCCGACACCCCGGCAGCUGGCGCUGCUGCUGCUGGCGAACCCGGCGAGUCCAAGCGCCAAGCCAAGCUCCGUGCCCGCAUGGAGAAGGGCGACAAGCGUGUCCAACAGCAGACGCGUAGGCAGGCGCAGUAA